AAUCCAAAAGCGGUGUCGUCUUGGAGAAAGGUUCGGAAGACCGAAAAAAAAAAAACGUGUUGCCGGUACCUCUCUGUGACUCUUUUGGAGGAUCAGAGAGAGGAAGAGAAAUGAGCGAGACAAGGCCGGUGCCGAGGAGAGAGAGCCCAUGGGGGAUGCCAGAGGGGGACCACCGUCAGCCAAAGGCCCAUAGAUGCAAUGACCGAGCCGAGGAUGUCAUUCAAGCGUGUUUUGAGGGAAACCCGUUUAAGACAGUUCCAGGACCUUUCAAGCUCUUCUGGCAAUGCAUGCGUUCUAAACCUGGGGAGGAGCCGACGGAGCCAUAUACCUAUUUGCAGUUGGAUCCGCCAAAAGGAGAGAUGAAACUUGAGUGAAGCUACUUAAGCAGAAAGCCUUGAAGACAAUUUUAGUUUUAGGUUCAGUUCUUAUGGUUUCAGAACUUCCAGUUUUCUUGUCCAUCAAAUAUGAUGCUUACAUAAAGUUGGAGUGACACUAAGUUUCUGGCUUUCUAUUUAAUAAUAAAGAUGUUAAGUGCACCCCAAAA